CCCUCACCCUCGUCACACCUCUGCGUAGUUGAACCUACAUCUAUAUAUAUCAGAUCAACUCACUAUUAAAGAUAGAUGGAUAUUUUACCAAAGUGAUUUUCUCUUGUUACCACAAGAAACUACAAAAGUUAAAAUUAAAAGUUAGAUUGUAUAAGAAGAAAAACAAUGGUAAAGUGACAGAAUUUAUGUGGAUUGCUUUCUAAAUGGACUCUACUAUAAAAAGUGCGGAGUCCAAGGAUGGAAUAAAUAUCUUGAAUACAAACUAGAUUGUCUGAAUAUUUUAACAUAUUUCAAAACAUUUCGGUGUACCCUGAGAAGUAGGACUGAUUCUCCCUGAUCUAGAAGUACCCCUGGAGAAGAAGGACUUAUUUCCCUGAUCUAGAAGUACCAGUGAGAAGUAGGACUGAUCUCCCUGAUCUAAAAGUAUCCUUCAGUAGGAAGACUUAUUUCCCUGAUCUAGAAGUACCCUUGGAGAAGAAGGUCUGAUCUCCCUGAUCUAGAAGCAACCCUGGAGAAGAAGGAUAAGAUGCAGAAACUAAAAAACUGACAAGUCCUGCUCUACCAGCAAUUAACAGCAACUGAAAAGCUAGGGCGGGUCGGGAAAAACUGACAGCCUGUAAUCUCUCUGAAGAAUGAAAUGAUAAGGGGAUUAGUGGAAAAAGCGGACAAUAUGUCGGAUUUAGCGGAAAUCCCCUUCUGGUUGUUCGGCCAACUCAAGUGGGUCUCCGGGAUUAAUAAAAACACUAGCUGUCAAGAGGUUGUCAGAGCACUGUUCAAGUCCCAAAAUAUCAGUUUAAACCCUGCGGAAUUCAUUGUUAUUGAAAAAUGGAGAAAAAUUGAGAGACGGUUGGGAUGCUCUCGGAAGAUACUAAAGGUUUGGGAGGCCUGGGGAGAGGAUAAAACUGAGGUUCGGUUGGUGGUUAAGAGAUCCGAGUCUGUGCUCCUUGGCUCCGACAAGUAUUCUGAGGAUGAUGUGGGAGAGGAGAAUAAACGAAUAGGAGAGAAAAGAGCAGAGGAUAAAAUAUUGCAAAGGGAUGAAUUAAAAAUGAAGAAGAAAAAACAACACAGUAAACGACUGAACGAGACGAGACGAAUAGAUACUGUGCAUCCAAGAAGACUGUAUGAGGAGAAAAGUUCAAAUAAAGAAAGUAUUCAACAACUAAUGAAGAUCAUUAUAGCGCAGGGUAGCACUAUACAGUCACAGCUUCAAGUUCUAAAAGACAGAGAGAAAGCCAUCGAAACAUUUGAACAAAAAGUUCAUAAUCUCAGAAUGAAGGAGUCUGGUAAAGACUACGUCCUUCAGACGUACCUAGAUCAGCUACCCGCCGGACUUCAAGAAUCUCCUAAAUCGUCUCGACGACCGAAACCAGCAUUCCUGGACGAUUUAAGAACAAAAGACGGAGAAAAAAGCUCGUCAAGUUUAGAACUUCCAUUAGAAAGCGUUAAGGAACUGAGCAUUUACUUGGAGAAGAUUUCCCGUCUUAACUCCGAUAUAGAGAGAAGAGAAGAGGAGAUAAACAAACUUUGUCAGAAAACUAAACGACAGAUGUCCCGAGGCGCACCAGCUGCUUCGGUGCCGGAGCUUGAAGAACUUCUCCGCCUGCCUCUAGCUGCCCUGGAGAAGGAACUGUUCCUGUCCAGACAUGAGCUCCAGUCCCUGCUUCAGUCUGUGAGCUCCAGUAUACUGGAGCAGAACAAGGUUAACCAGGAGAUAGAACAGAUUGAGGAGAGGUGCAGUGCAGGAGGGAUCUACAUCAGUAACCUUGAGAUGGAUUUAGAGAGAGCUGAGAGUGAAGGAGAACAACUUCAACGAGAGUUUGAUUGGAUUCAAUCCCUUCCUCCAUCCGCCUUCGCCUCCCAGCAGAUGUUGGAUUGGCUUAGGAAGGAUUUAAACGAGUUUGAUUCCGACUCCGAGCUGGGACUGGAGAUUACAACAAGCUCGGAGUCAAGUCCCAACCAGUCAAAUAUCCUUCUCCCGGACCAAGUCCAUCCAACCCGGAGCACGGACCCGACCCGGUCCUCAUCCACCGGAUCCACCUCAUCCGGUAUAUCCAGUGAUAUUCAUUCUCUAGUGUCCCCUGAACCGUCACUAGUAAAGUCAGUGUCUCCUCUGCCCCCCCUACCUCCUAAACGAGUUCUAAUUAAACCUGAGUUUAAGGAUGAGGAUUGUAACUCGGAUACUGGUUUAAGUUCUCUUAAUAGUACCGGAGAGGAUCAAUUCUCUCUAGAUACCCUUGUUUAGACUGGACUAAAAAAGAGAAUGUGCUUGAAAAAAAAACAUUUGCUACAGUGACCUGGUGGAAUCAAGUAAAUCAAGCUCAAAUCUGCCAACAUUCUACUAAAAGUUCUUCCAGAGACAUCGUUUCUAAGAUUUGUUACCAAUUUUAUACCUUAGGGUAAAAUCAAUUUAGCAUGUCCAAAACAGUAUGAUAAAUGUAUUAUGUACAGAAAUAAAACUGUCUUUCAGCGGACAAUGAAUGAUAAAAGUCAGAAAUAAAUAUUCAGA